UCUUUAUUCCUCCACAUCAGGGGAGGGAAGGAGGGCCUGUUCGCUUACUCUCUGCACACUCUCUCCGCAGCACAGUUAUUCCUGCUGCUGCUGCCGCUGCUGAAGAUGGAAGGAUACAAAAGUUUUUUGGUUUUCCUAGUUUCGUCUCUGCUGCUUGGAUUCCUGGGAGUUAUAUUUGUCCUGGUUUGGGUUUUGCAUUGGAGAGAAGGUCUUGGAUGGGACGGUGGAUUCGCUGAAUUCAACUGGCAUCCCGUGUUAGUCAUCACGGGCUUCAUAUUUAUCGAAGGCAUCGCUAUUAUCGUAUACAGAUUACCGUGGACAUGGAAAUGCAGCAAACUGCUCAUGAAAAGUAUACAUGCCGGCCUCCAUCUCAUAGCCAUGGUUCUAAUGAUUGUUUCCUUGGUUGCUGUAUUUGAUUAUCACAAUGCAAGGAACAUCCCCAACAUGUACAGUCUGCACAGCUGGGUCGGUUUGACUGUCGUCAUCCUCUUUGCACUACAGCUUGUUUUAAGUUUUCUUGUAUACCUCCUCCCUUUCGCGUCGCCUUCGUUGAGAGCGGCUCUGAUGCCAGUGCACGUCUACUCUGGGAUUCUUCUGUAUGGGUCUAUUAUAGCAACCGCACUUAUGGGAUUCACCGAGAAACUCAUCUUUGCGCUGAAAUCUCCAGCAUACAGUACGCUUCCACCAGAAGGGAUCUUUGUCAAUACCCUGGGGCUUCUUAUCAUUGUGUUUGGUGCUUUGGUUAUUUGGAUGGUCACUCAGCCAGCAUGGAAGCGCCCUCAGGACCAGAGUGGCAACACCCCGCACCCUAAUAGAUGUACCUCUGAUGGUUCAGACGGUGGCUCGAUGGCCACGGAUUGCAACAUCACGGACAAUAAGUCGGACGUGGAACAGAACAGUGAAUCAGCCAGGAAAAGGAACCUGAAACUCGAUGAGGCAGACCAAAGGUCAACGAUGUGAAAAUGAUCCCAAAUGCUACAACAAAGAAGCUUUUCAUUAUUAUUAUUUUUUUUCUUAAAAAACACAAAACAUUUUACAGACUAGAAGAGAAUACUGCAUUUGCUUUGUUUUUUUUUCCUUUUUCAAUGUUGCUUUGUGUUUCAGGUUCAAAAAUGAAGCAUCUUUUUAAUUAAGAGGAGAUCUGCAUCAGACAGCAGCCAGGGUGCCAGUGGCUGUGAUCAUUGGUCUCUUGGCUAUUUUGUUAUAGACUGGACAUUGUUCAUAAACCCCCAGUCGGGUUACACUCAGCUGACCAGAU